AUGGCCGAAUAUUUGGUCAUAGAGGUAUUAGCACUAGCCACCCUUGUGGUCGCCGUCAUCGCACUUCCUGAUAGCCACCCUACUUAUGGUUAUCCCGCUCCCACACCCGCUUAUGCUCCAGCCAAGUACGACUUCAACUAUGCCGUAAACGACCCACCAUCUGGUAACGACUUUGGUCACCAGGAAGCCCGUGACGGCGACAACACACAAGGAUCCUACUACGUCCUUCUUCCCGACGGUCGUCUGCAGAGAGUCACCUACAAUGAGAACGGAGAUUCCGGUUAUGUGGCUGAUGUUACCUACGAGGGAGAGGCUCAGUAUCCCUCUCCACAAACCUCUUUUGGACCUCCUCAGCCUUCCUAUAAGCCACCCACCCCUUCUUAUGCUUAA